GCAGAAACACGACACAAGACCUCCCCUACACACUCCAACAGGCAGGAGGUACAAAAGAUAAGGGCCACCAUAGAAGCACUACAGAUGCAGCAAGUAGAACGGGCAAUUCGCAAAAUGAAAACCAACUACUAUAGACAGGGAAAUAGAGCUGGCAAAAUAUUAGCCUCCCAACUCAAGGAACGUAACUCACAAAUGAAGAUCCCAUACAUCAAGGACGACACGGGCACCAAGAUUAGAAACCCCAAGGCAAUAGUAGACAAAUUUGCCCAAUUUUACGCAGGGUUAUAUAACCUAUCUGAGGACACCACCCAACACCAACCCAGCCCCCAAGACAUCACUACCUUCCUGGAAGGGGUGACUCUCCUCCGGCUCUUCAACGAACAGGCCACUGCACUGACCAACCCGAUUGUAGCCUCUGAGGUAUCAAAGGCUCUACACGACACACCCAGACACAAAGCCCCAGGCCCAGACGGCUUCUCAACCCACUACUACAGGGUUUUUGAGGACCAGCUGCUUCUCCACCUCACGGCCUUAUUCAACCAUAUCCUAGAGUCAG